UGUGUGGAGCGCAUAGGGCUAAAAUAUUGUAACUAUUGGUGUGUGUCUAUAUAAUAUAAAUAAAAUAUUGUUUGUGAAGCUACAUAAACCCGCCGCUGACUUCAAACAUGGAAAACGCCCCUGGAGCCGACGAUCGAAACGAGCCAAAUUAUAUUUUCCACGAGCUCGAUAGUUUCCUCCUUCAACCAAGUAGCCAGGCUCCAUGGUUCCUGAUGCGAUUAGUCCGCCACCAGCGGAGGAGUGAAACAACGCGCGAGUGGUCAUCGCACGGGGGUCAUCAUUUCAGCAUCAGCGACGAUUGCCAGACAGUGUACUCCGUACGGAGUAGUUAUGCUUUUAUCUGGACGAAGUUUUCAGCUGAUCGAGCGGGCAUGUCGAGACGAAGGCGGCUCUCUCUCUCUCUAAGUUUUAAAUUAAACUCACCCAAGACCAAAUAA